CACCUCGCUCGACGAUGCCAAGCACCGACGCCAUCGACCGCAUGACGGUGAAGAAGCUGCAGGCGGAGCUCCAGAAGCACGGCGCCGCCACCCGCGGGACCAAGGCCGAGCUCAAGGCACGCCUCGUGGCGCUUCUUGAGGAGUCAAAUGCGCCUGCGGCGAGCGAAGAGGCUCCUGCGUCCGACUGCAACACGGACGCGCCGGCCGACGACGUGCCAUCUCCUACAACAGAAGCGCCGUUGCCGGCCAACGAGGCGCCUUCUGCUGCGAGCGAGCCCUCAAAACCAUUGGAGCCCACUGCAACCGUCGAGCCCGAGGCUACCGCGACGAGCCAUGAGAACGCCGACGAUCAUGCCCACGCGACCACAACGUCAGACGAGCCGAUGGCCACAGAGCCCGAUGCAAUUCCAGCGACGACGACCGACGUUGCUGCGUCGUCGGUGGCCCCCGACGAGACAGCGGCGCCGCCAGCCAAGAAGCGCAAGGUCGACGAGACGGCUGCUGUCGUGCCACCGGCCAAGAACCCCGUGUCGUGCACGCUUCGCAUCGACAAUUUUGUGCAGCUGUCCACGUACAGAGCAAUCAUUGUGCAUUUGGCGCUCGUGCAGGCCGACGGCGUCUUCGUCGAGGACCAAGGCUUCUGGAUCGACAGCAUCAAGACGCACUGCUACGUCACGUUUGCGACCCCCGAGAUUGCGACGGCGACGCGCCAGCGUCUGCACGGUGUUGUGUGGCCGGCCCACCACGGCAAGGCCCUCUCGGUCGACUACGCGGUCUCGACCGCCAAGGCGAUCGCAACGGCGAACCCCGUGCCGGAGCUGCGACGAAGACCAACGCUGGUCGCCUCCGUGGGCAAGCCGACGGCCGCCUCGCUCCCAGCCCCGCCCGUGACCAUGGACGACCUCUUUUGGAAAACCACCACCAAGCCCGUGCUCUACUACCUGCCGCUGACGUCCGAGCAAGUGGCGCUGCGGCAAACAUCGGCCGUCGCGACUACCACGACCACGUCCUUGUAGGCAACCUUGCUUUGUGUUACGAUAUGCCACACUCAAAACUCAAACCCGUCGAGGU